UCUGUUGCAGCAUAGUCGCAGGCUAGCCGAUCGCCGUACGAUUUAUUCGUUGUCCGCAACGACCUUGUACCGAUCGCGCCAUCUUCUUGUGGCGUUCUGUUUCCGCCGCGUUCACGGCACCGCCUUGAACCGCGUUCUUCGGGUCCACAGCACCGCGGCUUCUUCUGUGUGCAUUCCGCGUCGCGACAUUCGAGUCGACUCGUUAGUCACUUCAGCGCAUUCCGCGCCGUCGUAGCUCCGACAUUCCGAUAUGGUGGAUAACGACGCCUACGGCGGCGGCGACGACGGCGACGCCCGUCGCACUCACGACGCGUCGCUGCCGAACGACGACGUCGCUGGCGACGCCACUGGCGAUACCAAUCCUGGCGACGACGACACUCCCGAUGACCGCGCGUCGCAGCUGAACAUGUACCUGUCGGACGAAGGCGACGUGCUGGACCUCACUGGUAACCAGCUCAAGGACCUCGCCGGCAUCCCGCUACCACCCACUCUCACCGAUCUGGACCUCACCACCAACCGCCUCGCUGCGCUGGACCCCCGGAUCGGCGGCCUCGAGCGGCUGGAGAAGAUCUCAUUUCGGCAAAACCUUUUAACGGAUGCGGCUGUAGCGGGUUUGAAAGAGCUGACUCGGCUGACGUUACUCAAAGACCUCGUCCUGCGAGAUAACCUUCUCAAGAAGGUCCCGUGCGUCUCGUCCCUGCCGGCCCUCACGCUCCUCGACCUCUCCUACAAUCACAUCCACGCCAUGGCGCCCCUCGCUAGCGCCCCUGCCUGCGUGCGCGAGCUGUACCUGGCCAACAACCGCAUUGGCACGAUUGAGGCCCUCGAUGGGUUCUCGCAGCUCAGACUGCUGGAGCUGGGGUCCAACAAGAUCCGGGAGAUGGAGAAUCUCGCGCACUUGUCAGCGCUGGAGGAGUUGUGGGUGGGGCGCAAUAAGAUCAAGGAGGUGCGCGUGGCGGGGCUCACAUCGCUGGUGAAGAUCAGCGUGCAGAGCAACCGACUCACCAGCAUGCUGGGCUUUCAGGCAUGCACCCGCCUACAGGAGCUGUACCUGAGCAACAACGGCAUCGCCACCAUGGAGGGGCUGGAGGUGCUCACCAACCUGCGCAUUCUGGACCUCGCUGCCAACGCCAUCGCUCACGUGCAAGGGCUGGACACUCUCACCAAGCUGGAGGACCUGUGGCUGAACGACAACCGCAUCGAGUCCCUCACUCAGCUCAUGGCCGCCUUGGAGGGGCCCAAAGCCUCGCUCGUCACUCUCUACCUCGAGCGCAACCCGUGUGCGAAGGAAGCGGGGUACAUUGAGACGCUGGCUGCAAUGCUGCCCAAGGCAGAGGAGAUCGACUCUAAGCCCGCCAGAUGAGACGUGGUGUCUUUGAAUCACGCCUAUCUGCGCCAACCACGUUACGCCAAGAUGUCACUUGCACUUGGGUGUUGCACACCAGCAUGCUCCUUUCAGUAUCUUCUAUCCUGCCUGUCAUAACCUUUGCACUGUAAUUUGGCAUUAAUCGGUUUGAACUUGCAGGAGCCUGCAAGAGACUAUAGUCUCUGCCCGUGCUUGCGGAUCCCAGUAGGAGCCUGCACUCCAACUACCGUACCACAUCCCAUGCUAUCAAUCAUCACCGCACAGAACCACUUCUUUGCAUAUCCAUCAAUUCUGCAUUGAAUUC